AUGGGCAGCGGGAACAUCAUAGAUUGUAUGGGUGGCACAAGCCGCUUCAUCACGUGUUUAACUUUCUUUAUUCACUUUAUUCACCCGUUAUUUUGCAUCACCAACUACUGUGCCUGGGUGAUGUAUCAGGUGCCCGUGUUAGGGGCGUCAAUUGUGCAAGCAUAUCUUGUCAUGAGCAUUGUGGCCGCUGUCUUCUACCUUCUCGUAGCUUCUGUCUUCUACAUGUGGGCAUGGCGCUUUCCUGAGCCGGAGGAGGUGUCAAAACGGCGCCGGAUCUACGGCAUUGUGGUGAAUCUGCUCUUUUCCGACAUUCCUUUGUUUGUGAUUGAGGUGAAAAUAUGUUGGAAGGUGAAGUUUGCCUCCGGCAUACAAGGAACGUCAUUUGUGAUUACAUGCAUCUCGUUUUUUUACUCCGCCGUUCGGGUGUGGACGUUUUUUAUGAUUAAACUUAUCAAGAUGCGUGCACCCGUGGCGGGCGCCCAACCACAGUUUGCAGGGUCCGCCAUAUACGCCGCUGAAAGCCAAGGUGCGGGGCCUCCGAAUUAUUCGUACAGUGGCAACUUUGUACCACGUGAUUGGGGGGCGUAUGCGAACAUUGGCAGAGAGGUCUACCGAAACAAUGUUGGCGGUUUCCCCCAGGAGCGCCGCACGCCUAGUGACGCCUACCGACGAGGUGAUCGCUACGCCAGUGACCGCUAUGGUGGGGAUCAAUUCAGCACGCCAGGGGGUCGUUCCCCACCUCAUAUUUAG